AUGAAGGGUUACCGUAGAUGCAACAACUGUGGCAAAAAGGGCCACUUUGGGAAGGACUAUCCCACUCUUUCUAGGGCAGCGACAUGCCCUCCGGUUCAGACCCGUCACCAACACCAGCGGAAGGACAGAGGCAACAGGCCUCAGGCGACAGGCAGGGUGUAUGCCAUGACCGGAGCAGGGGCUGCAGGCUCAGGUAAUCUUGUUAUGGGUCGAUGCAUGAUAGCUGGUGAAUCUUUGUAUGUACUGUAUGAUUCUGGAGCGACACACUCUUUUGUGUCAAUUGAUUGUGUGGAGCGUCUGGGUUUGCCGGUGCGCGAGCUGCAGUCCAAACUGACAGUAUCUACCCCGGCGUCGGGUCUGGAGUUGGAAGUGAUCUUAAGGAUGGAUUGGCUCUCUACCAAUCGCAUUCUAAUAGAUUGUCGUGAGAAAAGAUUGUUGUUCCCCGACUCUGAGGAGCUUGAGUUGGUGUCUCCUCAGGGAGUGGUGAAGGAGAUUCAGGGUGGCGCGCAAUGCUUCAUAAUCUUCGCCUGUAUGGAGGUUGGGGAGAAGGAGGGAACAUCGGUCAUACCACUGGUGCAUGAGUUUGAAGACGUAUUACUGGAUGAAGUACCAGGGUUGCCUCCCAAUAGAGAGGUGGAGUUCUCUAUUGAUCUGGUACCAGGAACAGGCCCGGUGUCGAUGGCUCCAUAUCACAUGGCUCUGGUAGAGUUAGUGGAACUCAAGAAACAAAUAGAGGAACUAAUGGACAAGAAGUUCAUCCGACCCAACACUUCGCCUUAG